AUGCUUCUAGCUUUGGAUGAUAAUGUUGAAAAGGCAUCAAAAAAGACAGCAGCCUCUGUUGUUGGAAAAUUACCAAUUGUACAUAUUGAAGAGAAGGAAUGCACUUGUAGUAUUUGUUUGGAAGAUUUAGAAGUUGGAUCGUUUGCUAGUGAAAUACCUUUUUGUAAUCACAAAUUUCAUACAGAAUGUAUAGAGAAAUGGUUGAAAGAUUAUGGACAUACUUGCCCUGUUUGUAAACAAGAAGUUACAGAGAUUGAUUUUAAUCAUGCAAAGAUCAUCAAGGAAGAAGUCAAUAAUAAGAGAAAAGGUUUCUCAAAUAAGAAUGUUACAGAAUCCAGAUUCAAAAAGAAGAAGGUUGAAUAA